AAUGCAUGACUCACUUCCACCAAUAUUAUCAAAACAGUAAAAGUACAGAGAUAAUUGAGACGAUGUAUUUAAUCGACUCGGGUUUGUUAAUAAAGAAGAUGAACUAAGCAUGUGAAGUGCUCGCUAAAGGCGAUUUUUGUAACACUGUUUUAUGUAUGACACAAGUUUAGAUGUGUGAAGACCCUAAACAGAAUCAGCGAUGCGGAUAAACGAGAGAGGCCUAAACGAUACUGAACAUUACAGUUACUGUCACAUUAUAAUAUUGCAACUAUAACGUAACAAACGCAUUGCGUGAAAUAGCUGGGGUUUUCCAGCCCACAUAAAAUGUUUCGACAAAUAAAAGGCCAAAACAGAAAAUCGCAGUUCGGAUCCUCAUUUUGAGAGACAUUGUUUAUCUUGUAAUAAUUGAUAAUUCUUGUCAAUGAAUUGUGUUUAUGGAAGAUGGUAACAUACAAAUUGUUGGUGAUACUACAAAUGACGAUGGUGACAAGCCAGGAUGUGAUCAGCAUUGCUCAGGGCAUGCUGAGAGGGAUGGCGAGAGACGGGUACGUGUCGUACACUGGAAUACCUUAUGCCAAUGUUACAAGCUCAAUGGGGAGGUUUAAGAGAGCAGGUCUCGCUCCUCGUUGGUCUGACAUUAGAAACCCCAGAACAUUGACCUGUUCCACGGUCUCGGCUGUCGAAGAUUGUCUACAACUGGACGUCCACGUGCCGUCAGUAGUUGGUGGCAACUGGCCUGUCCUGGUGUGGGUCACGGGCGGCAGUGGGCCCUACAAUCCCGGCAAGUUAGUGCAAGAGGGCAUCAUAGUCGUGAUUGUCUAUCACAGAUUGGGUCCUGCGGGGUUUUUAUGCUUGGGUAACGACAAAAUACCAGGCAAUGCUGGAGUGAAAGAUGUAGUACUUGCAUUAAGAUGGGUGCGGGACAACAUCGUCGCCUUUAAAGGGAAUCCAGCGAAAGUUGUAAUAGCUGGACAAAGCUUUGGCGCAGCUAUGGUUGAGGCUGUAACAUUGUCUCCCAUGGCUAACGGUCUUUACCAUGGUGUAAUACUGCAGAGUGGAAGUGCAUUAUGCCCAUGGUCUUUUAAUUAUGAUGCAAAAGAAAGAGCUAGAGCUUUGGGAGAUACGAGUGAGAUUAUUGAUGAUUAUAUUAAAACCUUACAAGAUUCUAAAAUUGAAGUUUUAGUAGCGAAAGCGAAUAAAUUAGACGUGUCCUAUUUUCCCUUCGGAAUAUGCGUUGAAGAUCCGUCAAAAAAAGAAGAGAGACUGUUAUUUGCAGCACCGUACGACUUACUGUCAAGUAAGAAAGAUAACUCCGUACCCAUGAUAGUAGGAUAUAACGACAAUGAAGCAUACGUUUUUGUUUCAAUAUUGAAAGAAGCAAAUGUUCUGAAACGAUUACGAAUAGGAGCGAGUUUUUUGUUACCAGAUGAUUUAAAGUUUUUGAACGAAAGGGAACAUAGACAAACUGGACGUCAGAUUGCAGAUAUGUAUUUUAAGGACAACAUUACCAUGGCAUCUGUGUUGGCUUACCAUAGGGACGCGUUCUUCACGAACCAUAUACACCGGAGUGUCCGUCACCACGUAUCAACAUCCGCAGUCUUCUACUACCAGUUCUCAUUCUCUGGUAACCUUGGAGUUCGCCCAGAGCCAGGGGUUCGUAAGAUAGGUGCAGCACAUUCUGAUGAACUGGCCUACUUGUUCUAUGACGGCACUUUGGAGGGAGAAGAGGGGGCUAUGCAGAGGCGUCUUGUGAAACUUUGGACUAAUUUUGUUAAACAUUUAAACCCAUCCCAUCAGAGCGAAGUAACAUGGGAGCAGACCAGACCUGACUCCUUCCGACUGCUGGACAUUGGAGCCGAGCUGAAGAUGAUCGACUACCCUCACUCGAGGACAGCUCGCAUGUGGGAUGAUAUCUACGAGAAAUACUACUACACGAGGAACAAGAUCGCUAAUUAAUUAAUUAAUUAAUGAUAUAUUUAUUUACUGAUUUAUGAUAUUUUCGAACAUAAACAAAGUACAAUUACUGUACAUAAUUCA